AUGGUGAUUUCCAAGCAUUUUCUUGUCUCAAUAUUGCAAGUUACUUUGGUUGUUCUUCCAUUUCUGAUUCAGGCUCAGGACUCAUCAGGUUUCAUUAGCAUAGACUGCGGGAUAUCUGAUGUCUCAAGCUACACCGACGAAACAACCGGCAUCACUUACUUUUCAGAUGCAAACUUCACAGAGACAGGCGAAAACCGGGGCAUUUCACCAGCAUACAAAGAGCAGAAUAAUCAGCAGCAGCUUUGGAAUCUCCGGAGCUUUCCCGAAGGAUCAAGAAACUGUUAUACCCUGAAACCUUUGGCUGAAGAAAAUGGUACUAGGUACCUUGUCCGAGCAGGGUUCUUGUAUGGAAACUACGAUAACAAAGGCCGUUUAGUAUUGGAGUUCGAUUUGUACAUCGGAGUUGAGCUUUGGGCUACAGUGGUAAUUGAGGACUCAGAGACUCCAAUAAACAAGGAAAUUACUUAUGUUCCUUCAUCCGAUCGCAUACAUAUUUGUCUGGUAAACACAGGCAAUGGAAUUCCAUUCAUAUCACUGUUAGAACUAAGGCCUCUACAGGACGACAUUUAUGCAAGUGAAUCAGGAACGUCACUUGAACUCUCCGGUCGCUAUGAUGUUUCUUCAGAAACAGACGAAACAAUGAGGUACAAAGAUGAUAUGUAUAGUCGUGUAUGGUCACCACUCGUGUGGAAACCAGUAAUUACUACAUCCUCUAGCAAUGAGAACUCUAUAUCCAAUAAUAGCUACCAGAUACCAUUCACUGUUAUGAACACUGCUUAUACAGGAAACAAAACUACUCGUUACUUGUAUAUAAAUUGGAAAAAGUUGAACAGCUCCGCGACCUACUUCUUCUACAUGCACUUUGCGGAACUAGAAAAGCUCCAAGCCAACCAAUCUAGAGAGUUCAAUAUUUACAUCAAUGGGGCUGUGUGGUACGGACCAUUUGUUCCCAGGUACUUAAGUGCGUUCACAAUAUACAGCGACCCAGGCAGCAAAACUGACAGUGAAGGAACAUUUAAUAUUUGGCUUAAUAGCACUGACGAUUCAACUCUACCGCCGCUAAUAAAUGCGCUAGAAAUGUAUGUGCUGAGAGAGUUCUCGCAACAAACAACAAGUCAAGCAGAUGCGGAAGCUAUUUCAGAUGUCAAGUUGGUGUACGGAUUAAAGAGAAACUGGCAGGGAGAUCCGUGUGCCCCUGAAACUUACCUAUGGGACGGUCUUAAUUGCAGUUACAAUGCCAAUAGUCCGCAUAGAAUUGUUUCUUUGAAUUUGUCAUCAAGCGGAUUAAAGGGAGAAGUUGCUCCUUCCAUUGCCAGCCUGAAAAUGUUAAAAAUAUUGGACUUAUCAAACAACAACCUGACUGGAACAAUCCCUGAAUUUUUAGCUCAACUGUCAUCCUUGAGAGUUUUAAAUUUAAAGGGAAACAACUUUACAGGUCCAGUUCCGGAUGCACUUACUAAAAGAGCGGAGAAUGGCCUUUUGUUAAGCAUCGACACAAGUCCGAGUAGCACUCCAUGUACGUCAGGGUCAUGCGGAAAGAAGAAAACUAACUUUGUUGUUCCGCUGGUUGCAUCGUUGGGCGGAGUACUUUUCCUCAUCUUAACUUUGCUGGCUGUACUUUGGGCCCUUAACCGGAAAAAACAACAAAAAACUAAGGAUUCAAGAGUUGAUACCGUAAAUGUGGAAUCCAAUGAAGAAUACUUCCCAUCAUUUGUCUCUAAAAAGCAAGAGCUUACGUACCCCGAGAUCCAAAGAAUAACCAACAACUUUGAGAGGGUACUAGGCGAAGGCGGAUUUGGCAAGGUUUACCAUGGAUACUUAAAUGGCAUUCAAGUAGCGGUUAAAAUACUUUCCCCAUCAUCGGUUCAAGGGCAUCGACAAUUUCAUGCUGAGCUCAAACUACUUCUGAGGGUUCAUCACAAAAAUUUGACUACCCUCAUCGGGUAUUGCAACGAGGCAUCAAAUAUCGCUCUUGUCUAUGAGUACAUGGCCAUGGGAAACUUACGAUCACAUCUUUCAGGCAGCAGUAAGAACAUCUUGAGUUGGGAAGACAGGCUUCGAAUAGCAAUAGACACUGCACAAGGAUUGGAAUACCUGCAUAAUGGUUGUAAGCCACAGAUAGUUCACCGAGAUGUUAAGUCUACUAACAUCUUGUUGAAUGAAAGGAUGCAAGCAAAACUAGGUGAUUUUGGCCUCGCCAAAUUUUUCCCCACUGAGGGUGGCAAUUAUAUAGCAACAAGCAUUGCUGGCACACCCGGGUAUAUUGAUCCUGAGUAA